AUGGCUGACGUCCUUGUGGUUGGUGGCGGCGGCCGUGAGCAUGCCAUCGCAGUGAAGUUGCGCGACUCGCCCAAAGUCCGGCAUGUCUACUGCGCACCCGGAAAUGGAGGCACCGCCAAAGAAGACCGGAUGAGCAACCUCGCGGUGAGCGAUGGUGACGUGAGCGGCUUGGUGAAGGUGGCUUUGGAGAAGCAGGUGGCUUUGGUCUUCGUCGGCCCAGAGGCCCCGCUGGUCGCGGGUUUGGCAGAUGCCUGCGCAGCGGCGAAAGUGCCCUGUUUCGGGCCCACGAAGAUGGCUGCUGAGCUCGAGGCUUCCAAGGCAUUCUCGAAGGAUUUCUUUGCAAAGUACAGUUUGCCAACAGCCGCAUACAGAAACUUCAAGUCUGGGGAGCAUGAAGCUGCUCUGAAGUACGUGGAGGACGAAUACGCAGCUGGAAGGGAGGUGGUUGUGAAGGCCAGUGGUCUUGCAGCCGGGAAGGGUGUCCUCAUGCCGCAGUCUCUGGAGGAGGCCAAGGCAGGGGUGAAAGAAGUGAUGGUCGACAAAGUCUUCGGAGCGGCCGGAGACGAGCUGGUCGUGGAGCAGCUUUUGAUUGGCGAGGAGUGCAGUUGCAUGGCUUUUGCCGAUGGCCAGGUGGCUGCCAUGAUGGCCCCGGCACAGGACCACAAGCGAGUCAACGAUGACGACCAGGGGCCCAACACGGGUGGAAUGGGCGCUUACGCCCCGGCCCCAUGCCUGACUCCGGAGCUUCGUGUGCAGGUGGAAGAGGUGCUGCAGAAGACCGUCGAGGCCCUGGCCAAGGAAGGGCGGAGAUACAUCGGGGUGCUGUACGGUGGCUUCAUGUUGACAAAGGAUGGCCCUAUGCUGCUUGAGUACAACUGCCGCUUCGGCGAUCCGGAAACGCAGGUCUUGCUGCCCCUCUUAGACUCAGACCUCUUCGAAGUGGCGCUGGGCUGUGCAGAAGGCAAUUUGAAGGGGAGGGUCCCGGAAGUCCAGUGGAAAUCCGGCGCUGCGGCGACCGUGGUUUGCGCAGCCAAAGGCUACCCAGGCUCCUACCCAAAGGGCUUGCCCAUCACAGGCCUGGAGGCUGCUGACGCAGUAGAGGGCGUGAAAGUUUACCAUGCCGGAACCAAGCAAAGUGAGGGCGGACUAGUGACCAGCGGAGGGCGUGUCUUGGCCGUGACGGGCCUUUCCGGCAGCCUGAAGGAAGCUCUACAGAAGGCUUAUGAAGCCGUGUCGAAGAUCAGCUUCGACCCGCCUGAGGACACUGGGUCCAGCAUGCACUUCCGAAGGGAUAUCGGCAACAAAGCCCUGAAGAGGCUCGCUGAAACCGCUUAG